AUGCCAUUUCGUGCUUUAGGAGGCUAUGAAAAGAAGGUGCUAGCCCAGACCAUCGAGGGAAGAAGAAAUGGUGUAGUUUUUAGCUCACAGAUUACUUUCAACAAGAAGUCUGAUGAAUUUGCUGAUGAUAAUGCAACCCUUUACACAGGACGCAGUGUUAACGAAGUGUCACUAAAAUCAGUGUUAUGCGCUGCUUUACAAAAUAUAAUAUGCAACCAUGUAGAAUUAUACACAACAAUUAAUGAUAGAUUAUAUUUCACUCCAGUUUUACAAAUAGAAACUAAUGAUGUUAUUAAGACUAUAUCCUAUGAUAAAAGUAAAGAUAAAGCGCUGAUGAAAGAUCAGAUAUCUGAUAAGUUACUUCGUCAUAUCUUCAAUAAAUGCGACUUCAAACCCAAUAAUGGAAAGCCAUUAUGGCAAUUCAGUAUUGCUAAUGAUUCAACAAUGAUAUUUCAUGGUCAUGAUGUAUUAUUUGAUAUCUUUUCAACUGCAAAUUUUGAAAAAUAUUUACUUAAAGAAAUGAAUGAUGUCUUAAACAGUAAUCAAAAGCUCAAAACAGUCAAAACUUUGUUUAAAUUUGAUGCAGAAAGAUCCCUGACGAACUAUCCUAGGUCUAUCUAUGAAAACCCAAAAUUACAUUUACCAGCUUUGACUUCAGAUUUAUUAAAUCUUCAAACACAAUCUUUCUUUAAGACAAUAUAUCAAAAUACACUAAAAAAACCAAUAGAUCUAAUUACUUCAGCAAAUUCGAAUAAUAAUAACCAAUUAUCUGAAUACAGAACUCGUAAUACAGAUAUUCUCAGCGGUGCAAAUUCGUUAUGUGGUAGAACAGUUUUAGGUGAAAUUUCUCUAGAGAGAUAUCAACAUUUAAAAAUGUUGGUUGAACAAGAAAACAUUAGUUUAAGAAGUUUUAUCAGUGCCAUCACGAUGGUCUGUUUGAAACCUAUUGUCAAGAAUUUUGACGGCAGCAUAAUAUUUUCCAUUCCAGUGAACUUAAGAUCACUUAUUGCUGAUUCAUCUGAUUUCGGUUUGUUUUAUAAGAACAUUAAAGUUGAAUGUCCUUUAGAAUUGAUAAAUGAUGAGAAGUAUUAUACAAACCCAGAAGUAUUACACAGUAUGCAAAAUAACAGCUUAUUAGAAAUCCAAUUUGAGAGGAUAUCUAGACAUGUUUCUGAUGUGAUAUCGCAAAGAAUGAAAGCUUGGGAAAAAUUUGGCUUCAAUGACGAUGACAUUAAAAGAAUGAAGUUUAGCAAUGACGAAAAAACUGGGAUUGCGCCAAUCAUUCAGAUUAAUGAUGUGACUGAAAUUUCAUUUGACUUUGGCAAUGACAAUAUUUCAUAUUCUUUCAGCGUAAAUAAUUUAAAUUUCACCAAAAGCCUUUCCUGCAAUGAAUUUAUGUCUUUAUUUUAUUCCCAUAAUGCUCAAGGGGGAUUAAAUAUAUGUAUUCAUUAUCCAGAUGGAUAUAAUAUGGAAGCAUUCGUUGAAUGUUUCCAAAGUUUCAUUGAAAAUUAG